AUGAGCGACGUGGAUCUCAACCAAGGGCUUGUGCUCUCGGCUCUCGGCAUCACCGGAGCAUUGUUCGGCUUUGCGACUUCUCAGUUCGUUUACUACAUUCAAAAUUACUGGCGCCAUGAUAGACUAUUGUUAAGGAUAGUUGUACCUCUAGUUUGGGGCCUGGAUCUGUUUCAUCUCGUCCUUUAUGCCUACACCAUAUUCCAGGUCAUCGUCUUUGCGCGUUCUAACACUGCCAGCGGUCUCGUGCUACCUUGGACGGGGAAUGCUCAGAUCCUCGUUAACGCCUGUCUGGUUGCCGCUGUUCAAGUAUUCUACCUGCAUAGGAUUUGGGGACUCAGUAGGCAGCUUAUCCUGGUCAUAGUUUUGGGCAUUGUAUCCGCUGCGAACCUUGGCCUCGGGAUAACCUUGAUGGCUCAGACCCUGAUAAUUGUUUCUGUAGCUGGACUACCAACGUUGAGUAAAUUCGAUGUCGCCCUGAGUUCUGUCACUGCAGCCUCGGACAUAUUCAUCACAAUCACCCUCGUCGUGUUGCUCUUGAUGUCAAGGAGAAAGGGAUCGAGGAACAAUCGCUUGAUAAACAGACUGAUGUUCUAUCCCAUCAACACCGGAUUCCUGACUAGCCUCUGCGCUAUUCUGUCUCUCAUCAUGAUCACCACUAAGAAGGGCACCAAUUUCUAUGUGUUCUUCUACUACAUCGGUACAAGACUGUAUACGAUCUGCAUGAUCGCCAGUCUGAACGCUCGUGAAAGUCUGCGCAACGACAUGGCAGACGCUGCUGGUAUCCACUCCAUCCCGGCCAUCCGCACACAUCCACAGCACACUACGAGCAGACUGGCAGGCUUGAGGAAAUAUUCGUUCUUCGCCACCCAGCCAAGCUCCCGGAGCGGAAGUGAGAGUCACAGUGGUGACGCCCCCGCCGUCCUGGGGGCGCAACCAGCCCCAGGAGGCAAGGCUCGUGGCCUCGGCGAAGGACAUUCCGCCGACGACUUGCGACGCGUUCAUGCCUUUUCGCUCCUCCCGAAGUCGUGA